UCAAAUAUACCGUUAAUAUACCAUUCGAUUUGGAGAGAUUAUGGUUAAGAAAUAAUCCUUGCACCAAAGUAAACACUAUGGAUGUAUGACACUCCUAGAUGAGCACCCAGAAGCUGGAGUACGACGCCGCCAUGGGUGGUCGUGUGAGCCUGCCCUCGCACGUGACCACGUACCUCUAUGCAGCAGGGGUGCUGCAGGAAAUCCGGAACCUGGUGGCCGAUUGCCGGGAGACGACGCAGCGGAGCAGCAAGCUGAUCUUCCAGACGCUGCCCAAGCACAUGCGCCGUCGCGCUAUGUCGCAUCAUCCAAAGCGGCUGCCGCGAAAGUACCGGCAGGCGCACAAGUCCCAAAUGGGCAAGGGCGGUAACCAGCCGGUGAACGGGAAACGGCCCUCGAGGAAGUACCGCCGGCGCCCCAAGAACCUGAUGCGCGAGUACGUGCGUCGGCAGAGGCGCCACGUCUGGCUGGAGACGCACAUCUGGCACGCGAAGCGGUUCCACAUGGUGGAGCGCUGGGGUCACCGGCUCGCCUUCGCCAGCUGCGACAAGACCUACCGCGCCUGCUAUCGCGCCAGUGCGGAGCACUGCCUGCUGCAGGACAUUUCCUUCUACGGAUGCGUGGAGCUGCGAGGCCCCUUGGACACCCUGCGCCAGGGGUUCGCCCGGCUAACCAGUCCACAGUGCGGGCUGGGAGUCACGGCCAAAACCUUCCUCACCGGACGUCGCGAGGGCAGUGUGGAGCUAUUCGAGGACGGCCGGUAUCCGCACGGAGCACUGCAGCGGGCCAGCUUUAUGUGGCGGCCCCGGGAGAAAGAGGAGGAUCAGGCGGAACACACGCUCUGGCUGUGGCUGCAUCCCAGUGCCGCUCACGCCACUCUUAAGCAGUUGAUCAGCGUGUUCCAGCUGAAGUCCAAGAAGCAACAGAAGAUGCCUCUGAAAAACGAGGUCGAUGGUCACAAUAUGCAGGUGGAAAUGAUGGAGAUUCAGCCCGAAAAGGAAAAGCUGUCCAAGAAAGAGCGGCCAAAGCAGGAGAAAGUGCCCACGGAGGAUCUCGGCCAAAACAAUGAAUCUAGGAAGGACUCAGUGCAACCAGCCCUUCGCUUCUGGACACAGACAAAAGCCUUCGAGCUGCAGCCGAGUUACUCCAAUCCCGAUGACACACUCCAUCUGGUGCUGCUGCAUCGGCAGUUCAAUCGCUUCCGUCUGACGGGCCCCUCAGCCCAACGCGUUCUGGCCGCCAGCUUGCGUCCGCAUCAACAAACAGAGCUGCAGGACCAAGCAAACUACUGCCAGGCGGCUCUGCAGCAAGGCUCACCCGCCGAGCUACUCUCCAACCUGGUGAUGGGCCUCCAGGUGGUGGAUCCCCGCCUGCAGCGACCGAAGAAGCGCACGAAAGCGGAGAGGAAUGCGGAACAGACACGAUCCGCUGGGGAUCUCCUCGUUGAUCAGCCAAAGAGUCUGCCGGAGAGUCCGUUGUGGAGCACGGAAGCGAGGGAGCUGUUGGGCAAAGGCAUCAUGUCCACCCACACGUAUGAGCAAUUGCGUCAACAGCAUGCCGUGGUGCCAGGCGCUCCGUGUGCUUUCGAACAGCAAAUGCAGGCGGUUCCGGUGAUUCUCAUUCAACGACCAGGAUCUCAGGACUCCAGAUAUAAGAGAUUGGCCUACGGCUGCGGCUGGGAUGUGAUUGCACCAGCCGGAUACGGCAUGGCCCUCUGGCUGACGCUCACUAUGUGGGGCGCCAGGCCGGGCGGGCUUAGAGAACUGGAUUCGGUGGCUAGGGAGGCGGGCGCCGAAAUGCACCUGCCAGAUACAAUAGCAGGAGUUCAGCAAGCUGCGGCUGCAGCAGAUGAGCUUCGUGUCCGUUACUUCCGGCUGCCGCCUAACAAGCGCACCAACUACCGAAAACUGGCGGUGGCCAGUCCGUUCAGUGCUCCCUGGAAGCAACUAGUGCGGGACUGGCGUUCUUCUUCCACUUCCGCCAGCGUGUCAUCCUACUAUGUCCUGCGCCAUCGCCAACAGCUGGAAGAGAUCGCAGAGGCGAUACGAACGCGUAGGCCACUGCCGGAGCCGCUGCCCGAGGAGGCACUCAUCCAGAUUCAGCUCCGAAUGAUAUCCCGUGGUCAUGUAAAGAACAACGCCCUUAUUUGCCUGCCCACGGCGGCGGAUCACAAGCAGCGAUGGCGUCACAUCAAGCAGAAUGACCAGGCCUCCGUUCACGUGGAGCCAGCGCAGCCAGAUUUGAAUCAACAGUUGCGCAAGGAUCUGCGUCAGAGCCACAAGCUCAAGCUGAAGCGAUUGCGGGCGAGAAGGGUUCGGGAAAAGCGACGGCUUCAGGAAACUGCUACCAAACGGGUGCACAUCCGGCCAGCGAACACGGCCCACCUGGUGCGCACCCAACUGCAGGAGAUGUGCCGCCUGUGGCUUCCCACCGAUCCGGCGGAGAUGCGGGACAGCGUACGCCGGCAAUGCAGCCGGCAAGUCUUCGGAUACGUGAGCUCGGCCGGCUUCAGCUUUACGGAGGCCCUUGUCUGUGCCGUGGGAUACGUAACGCCCGCCGGACUUCACCAACUUAUCAAGGAACUGCCGAGCUCCAAGGGGCACCGGAAGCAGCCGCCUCUCAUGUGCCUGGUGCGGGAUGCUGACAGCCGGGAUUACCGUUGGGCCAGCUUUCAAAUCAAUCUAAAUGUGGCCUGUCCAGCCUUUUGAUCUGCUUUAGUCCGUAGGCUAAGUAUUCCUACUUGUUGGUUAUCUUGUACCAAAAAUAUAAUGCUAUCACAGCAAAUAACGGUGAUUAAACGAA